AUUAUAUCUUUGGGGUAAAUGGGUAAUAUACACCUUAUCCUGACAAGGGUGAGACUGUUACUAUGGAAACUAUCAACAAAACAAACCUCAAUAGUAUUUUGGCGUUAAAUAUUAUACAAAGAGUCAAUACAAAUAUGAAAUCAUGUCGGUGCACGUAGUUUAUAGUAGAUCAUUCGGAAUCAAGUACAAAGCUUCUAUUUGUUCUAAGGCAUUUAUUUUAUAUGUCGUUAUAACGUUAUUAACUUUUAUUUUGCCGUUGUUAUUUUGCUAUCGAAGCAGUGGACUAUGGAUUAAGUACGAGAAAUACAGAGAACAGCCUAUGGUACAAUUUAAGUUGCAGUAUUUGUUAUACGCUGAAACGUCUGAUCCCACGUCUCCGUUGAUUUGCGGGAAUUUUCCGCGGACAUUAAAAACUACGGGGUUUUGUUCUACGAUCAAGGUUAUAGAAGAAGACAUUAAUAUUGAUGGGAAAAAAGAAUUUUUGGAUUUAGAGUUAUAUUUGACUGUGAAUGAAACAUUAGAUGUUCAUUCUAUAACUUUAUUGUUAAUAUUUGAUUUCAAAAUACAAGAUUUGUGUUUACUUGAAAUGGAAUCUAUGGCAGUUAUUACUUACAGUUCUGGAUUGCCAGGCGGUAGACUGGACGUAUUUGGUGAUUUAAAUUUGAUACAAAAAACACCUUUAGUAUGCACAUCGAGGAAACCUAUUCGUAUGAAUAGACCUAUAUUGUUAUUUGGAUCUCCUGACUGGCUGGUUAACAUAUAUGAAGAAUACUCAAAACGAAUUCUUUCUACUAAAUUGGAUAACGUUUUAGUAAAGUGGACAAGAGGUCGACCUUAUAAACAACCAUUUUUGAUUAAAACUAAAAUAAACUAUGACUCAGUAGAAAUUUUAUACAAACCAAAGUUUUGGCAAGUAAUGAAGUGGGCAUGGAUACAAUAUUUUUCAAUACUUGUGUUGUCAGUUUUUAUAUUUAAAAAAGUUAAGCGAUUUUUAUUUACAAAUCAUAUAGUUACUACAAAAAUAGAACGUUCAACUUAGAAUAAUUUUUUUAACAGUUAUAUUACCUAUUAUUUUAAUUAAUUAAUUGUAUUUUGAUUAUUUUUAUAAAACGAUUGUAAAAUUAUUUUUUUUUGCGUAUUAUAAUUUAGUAUAAUAAUUGACUGCUACUUGCUAGUUUUUAAUUUAUAAUCUAUGUUUAAUUUAAAGUUAAGACGACGUAUUAAUGUAUACUGUUUACAAGCAUUUGUAGUGGUUCCCAAACUUUUUUUGUUCAUGUCAUCACCCUAAAAAUAAAUAUUUGUCCCAUAGAAUCAAAAACUAAAAUGAAAUAGUUCAAAGCUUUUUUAGUUUUAUAUUUUUUCUAUAAUGAUCAAACAUAAUAGUGAAAAAACGAAAAAGAUAAAUUAAAAUUCAUUUAUAAUUGUAGACUGUACAUAGUAUGAUGAGUUUAUUAUAAAUAAUAAGUAGUAAUAUAACAUGAACAGUAAAUUGUA